AAUGAAUCAAAAAACAUGACAAAUGAUAUUGCGGAUGUAUGACUCACGGGUCGGAAUAUCAAUGAUAGUAAAUUGAAUUUUUAUAGUAAUUCGGGUUUUGCGUAUGUUAAAUAGGAAAACAAGUAAUUCUCAAUUGAUGACAUGGUCAGAGUUUCGAAUCGGAUUGUUUUCGUUGUGAUCGUAUUGUGUGGUAGUUCACAUUUCUGUUCUGGACUAUCUGAUGAAAAGGACUGGAAAUUCGAUCCCGAUGAAGAGCUUGAUACGCUACAAAUAAUUAGAAGACACGGCUAUCCAUCCGAAUCUCAUAUAGUGGAAACAGAAGACGGCUACUUACUAACCCUUCACAGAAUUCCUGGAUCCAAAAAUGGAAGUAAAGAAGGUCAACCAAUUUUACUUCAACAUGGCCUACUUUCUAGCAGUAGUGAUUGGGUUGACGAGGGAAAUAAAUCCUUAAGUUUUGCUCUGGCUGAUCAAGGCUAUGACGUAUGGCUUGGAAAUGCCAGAGGGAAUCAUUAUUCCAUUGGGCAUAUUUCUUUUCGACUAGACUCUGAACAAUUCUGGAACUUCAGUUGGCAUGAAAUGGGCGUCUAUGAUUUACCUGCUGUCAUACAAUUCAUAAGUACUACAACAGGCAAAGGAGGACAGAUCCUUUACGUAGGACACUCAAUGGGCACAACAAUGUUUUACGUUUUUUCGUCUUUGAAGCCAGAAAUUGCUAAAUUAGUUAAAUUCAUGGUGUCGCUGGCUCCAGUGGCAUAUAUGAAAUAUGUACGUUCUCCUAUACGAUACCUCACACCGUUUGUGAAUGAAGAACAGUGGAUUGCUGAGCAUUUAGGCAUAAAAAGAUUCCUCCCUGAUAACAAAAUACUGAAAUUAUUGACAUAUGAAUGCGAGAUGACAGGUGGUGGAAAAAUCUGUGAAAAUCUCAUCUUCAUACUUUGUGGUGCAGACAAGGAGGAGUAUAAUGAGAACAUUAUGCCUAUCGUCUUGCAGCAUGUUCCUGCAGGAUCCUCUACUAAAGCAGUAUUGCAUUAUGGUCAGGAAAUAAAAUCAGAUGGAAAUUUCCAACAAUACGAUUAUGGCCCUGCAGGAAACCUCAAGCAAUACGGAACAGAAUCACCCCCAAUGUAUAAUCUAUCAAAUAUAGAAGUUCCAAUUUACUUAAUGUACUCAUACAAUGAUUUCUUAGCAAGCCCAAUAGAUGUCGUAAGAAUGUCCAAGAAAUUGGUUAACCUUGCCGGAAUGUAUUCCAUACCACUUAAGAAAUUUAACCACGUCGACUUCUUAUUUGGGAAGGAUGCAUUUGAAGUGGUUUACCAACCCUUGAUAAAAGUAUUGAAGAACUACACCCAAACUGAAGAACUUGAAAUCGUCAGCUAACAUCUCUUCAUCCGGGAAUACCUAGAAAAAUAAGUAUUUAUUUUGAAAUUUCAAGAUACUGUAUAC